AUGAUGAAUCCAUCACGACCAAGCACAUCAUGUCAAAUGCAAAGACCGUCAUUAAUGGAUGAUGAUAAUCAUAUUAACAAUAAUAAUAAUAAUGGAAAACAUUUAUUAUCAAAAAGUCUUACAUUUGAAAAUGAACAAAGAAAACAACAACAACAACAACAACAACAACGAAUGACACGACCAAGUCGACCAUCUCCACCUAGUAGUGAACCAUCACCACAACGUUUAGGUCGUAGUUUACUGAGUAAUGAUAAUUGGCGACAAGAAACAAUGGUCGAUGUUCGUCUAAAUGCUAAAGCUAUCGAACAAAGUGAUCAAAAUAUUCUCUUUGGUAAAGGUAUGGAUCCUUUACCACAGGUACGUGAAAUGCUUAGUGAACUGAGUAAUACUGAAGCCUUUCUUUACGCACGACAAUGUCGUGUUGUUGUGGCUAAAUUACGUUUAUGUUGGAGUGAUGUUAAUGAAGAAAUUAAAUCAUUAUUAAAGCAUAAAGAAUAUACAGAAGCAGCUAUUGAACAUAUUCGUAAAGAUUUAAUUAUUAAUCAAGAAAGUGUUAAAAUAAGAAAGAAACCGAAACGAGAAGCGGAACUUGAUGGUGUUGAUGAUAUACUUGGUGCAGAAAAAUAUCAUUUAGUAAAUAUAAAAAAUAUUUUAGAACUUAAUUGUAAAAAUAUUGUUGAUCAAAUGCAGAAACUUGAUGAAAUUCGUCAACGUGUUACUAAAAUUGGUAAAGAACGUUCAGUAGUUACAGAACUUAUAUGUCAAUGUUUAACAAGCGCAUCAAGAACAUUUGAAUUGGCUCGUUUUGAAAAACUAGAUAAUUUACAAUCACGUCGAUCACCAAUGACAGCACCACCAGCUCGACCAUUAUCAGCACUUGGUUUUCGUCCACCACGUACAGCACGAAAUAAUCCAACAUUAUCAAUGAUAACAUCAUCUAAUUCAAAUUUAAAUAAUAUGAAUGUUACAGCUGAAUCAACAUUACUUGAUGAAAAUGGUUUACCACUUGUUGGUCAUCUACUUGCUUUUACACCUGAUGUUAUACAAGCAUUUCAAGAUGCAGCAAAAUUAAUUGAAGAAUCACGCGAAAUAAAAAAACAAGCUAUGAAUCAAAUCAAAGAUGCAUUUAAUGAUGCUAAAGCUUAUUCAUUAACUGUUAAUCAAAGUGUUGCUCAGAAACUUGCCGAUAUUAUUACAUUAGCACAACAUUUGACAAUAUCACUCGGUGAAAAUUCUCUUGCUCAACAUCGAGCACAACGUUGGUUUGAUUUAACAAUGAGUGCUCAACGAUUUAAUGCAGGUCCACUUAGUUCAUCUAGUUUUAAAAUAGCUGAACGUCUUGAUCGUCCUAUUAUUCGAACAUUCCAACGACAUCCAGGUAAUCAAGUACCUGAAGCUCAAAUCACUGCUAAAGCAACUAGUGAUCUUCAACAGUCGGCUGAAGAAACAAGAAAACAAUUGAAAGCAUUAAAAAUUGUUGGUCAACGAUUACAAGCUAAUUUAAUUGAUAAAGAAAUAGCAUUAGAGGUUGACGCACAUCUUCUUCGUCGACGGCGAGAACGAUCUAAUCAUAAAUGGGGCGUUACUAAAUAUGUACACGUUUGA